CAAAAGCGUUGAAAUUAGUCAACAACAUUUUUCAUAAAAUAUAAAACAAUUAAUUUCACUAUCAAAUAGGGCAAUAAGAAGACAAAUAAAUGACUACCUUCGAAAUUCCGCUCAGAGACACCGAUGAGGUGAUUGAGCUGGAUAUUGAGAACCUACCGGAAGGAGAUGAGAUUCUAAACAUUUUAAGCCAUGAACGAUCGGCUUUAAACAUUUGGGUUAAUGUUGCUAUUGAGUAUUAUAAGCAAGGAAAGAAAGAUGUUUUCCUCAAAUUACUUGAUUCAGCGAGACAGGAAGCUUUCCAAGACUACCGUGACUAUGAAAAAGAUCAUAUGCGAGUUAUUGAUAGUUUGGGUGCAUAUUAUGUGCAGGAAGCAAAUCGAGAGAAGAAUAAGGACAAGAAACGUGAAUUGUUUCUUAAAGCAACCCAACUGUACGCAACUGGUGACAAAAUUAUUAUGUACGACCAAAAUCAUUUGCUUGGAAGAGCCUAUUUCUGCUUGUUGGAAGGAGAUAAGAUGGAACAAGCUGAUAAUCAGUUUAAUUUCGUGCUCAAUCAAUCACCAAACAACAUUCCAGCAUUAUUGGGAAAAGCUUGUCUCUCAUUUAACAAGAAAGAUUAUCGAGGAGCUUUAGCAUUCUACAAAAAAGCACUCCGUACAAAUCCAAAAUGUCCAGCUGUUGUACGAUUAGGUAUGGGACAUUGCUUUUUAAAACUGAAUAAUCCAGAAAAGGCGAUAUUAGCAUUUCAACGAGCAAAAGAUUUAGAUCAGCAAUGUGUUGGUGCUUUAGUCGGCUUAGCAAUUCUUAAAUUAAAUCUUCACGAGCCAGAUUCAAAUCGUUUGGGAGUUCAGAUGCUUUCACAAGCUUACACAAUCGAUCCAACAAAUCCGAUGGUUCUUAAUCAUCUCGCCAAUCAUUUCUUUUUCAAAAAGGAUUACAUGAAAGUGCAGCAUUUAGCUCUUCAUGCAUUCCAUAAUACGGAAAAUGAAGCAAUGAGAGCUGAAAGCUGUUAUCAAAUGGCUCGUGCAUAUCAUGCUCAACGUGAUUUCGAUCAAGCUUUUCAAUAUUAUUAUCAAUCAACUCAAUUUGCACCCAACAACUUUUUAUUACCGCAUUAUGGACUUGGACAGAUGUACAUUUAUCGUGGAGACAGCGAAAAUGCAGCACAAUGCUUUGAGAAAGUUUUAAAAAUACAACCGAACAAUUAUGAAACAAUGAAGAUUCUCGGUUCCCUUUACGCUAAUUCACCAUCCCAAUCAAAAAGAGACACAGCAAAGAGUCAUUUAAAGAAAGUCACUGAACAAGUUCCAGACGAUUUCGAAGCAUGGAUUGAAUUAGCUCAAAUUUUAGAACAAAAUGACUUGCAAGGAUCAUUGGCAGCUUAUGGAAAGGCAACAUCCAUUUUAACAGAAAAUGUUGGGGACGAUGUUCAUCCAGAGACAUUAAAUAAUGUUGCUGCCUUACAUUAUAGGAUGGGAAAUUUGCCAGAAGCAAAAUUAAAGCUUGAACAGGCACUCGAACGUGCUAAAAUUGAAGCAGAACAUGAUUCUCAAUAUUAUGACUCAAUUUCGGUUACAAUGACUUAUAAUUUAGCCAGACUUUAUGAGGAAAUGUGUGAAUUUGACAAGGCUGAUAAAAUGUACAAAGACAUCCUUAAAGAGCAUCCAAACUACGUUGAUUGUUAUUUGAGAAUUGGAUGUAUGGCAAGAGAUAAAGGUUUAAUUUUUGUUGCUUCUGAUUACUUUAAAGAUGCCCAGAAAAUUAACAUGAAUCAUCCAGACACACGUUCUUUACUUGGAAAUCUUCAUCUUGCAAAAAUGCAAUGGACUUUAGCUGAAAAGAAUUUUGAAGCCAUUAUGAAACAACGACAAGAUCCGUACGCACUAAUUGCUCGCGGUAAUUACUUCCUUCAAUGUGUCCAUCAACCAAUUCGUGAUAAAAAUAAGGAUAAAGCAUGUCUUGCAACAGCUCAAAAGACAUUCUCUGACGUCUUACGUAUUGAUUCCAAAAAUAUUUGGGCUGCUAAUGGUAUCGGUGCUGUUUUGGCACAUAAAGGAUAUCACAUCGAAGCUCGUGAUAUUUUUGCUCAAGUUCGUGAGGCAACAGCUGAUUACUCAGAUGUCUGGCUGAACAUUGCACACAUUUAUGUUGAACAGAAGCAAUACAUAAGUGCUAUACAAAUGUACGAGAAUUGUCUGAAGAAAUUCUACAAGUAUCAUAAUGUCGAAAUUAUGCAAUAUUUGGCGAGAGCUUAUUUCCGUGCUGGAAAAUUGAACGAGGCAAAGACAGUUUUAUUAAAGGCACGUCGUGUAGCACCAAACGAUACAGUCUUACUGUUUAAUGUUGCAUUAGUUUUGCAACGAUUGGCAAUGCAAAUUUUAAAGAACGAGAAAUCUGUUUUGGCAGAAGUCUUACAAGCAGUCAGUGAAUUAGGAUUGGCACAUAAAUAUUUCACAUAUCUCAAUGUGCAUGGCGAUAAAACAAGAUUCAAUAUAAGUGUUGCUGGCGUUGAAGCAGGACAAUGCCAAGAUUUGUUAUCACAAGCACAAUAUCAUGUUGCUCGUGCACGACACAUUGAUGAGGAGGAAAGAAGAAUGCGUAAAAAGCAAGAAGAUGAAAGAUAUGCAUUUAAACAGAAACAGGAAGUGGAACGUAAGCGUCGUGAGGAUGAAAGUAAGCGUUUGAUAGAAGAAAUGAUGGUAAAACGACAUGAAUAUAAGGAAAAGACAAAGAAUGCGCUUAUUAUUGGUAUGCCAGAAGAGGCAUCAAGAAAACGUGGACGUGGACGUAGGGAUUCAAUUAUUGAUUCUGGCGAUGAUAGUGGUGGACCGAGACCUGAAGGCGAAGAAAGAUCUUCAAAGAAACGACGAAAGGAACAUGGCAAAAAAUCACAUGGUCGUAGACGUGAAAAACGAAGCAAAAAAGAUGGUGCUGGGUCCGAUAGUGAUGAAGGUCCAAGUCGUAAACGCGGAAAAGCUAAGCCUACAGUUACUCGUAUUAAGAAUAAUGAUGAUAUACCGAAGGGUAUGAAAGGAAAAAUUACUUCUAAAGCUACAAUUUCAACCAGUGAAUCUGAAGAUAGCGAUGAUGGUGCCUCAAAAAGACCAUCAAGAAUUGUCAAACGAUCAGAAAGUGGAAGUUCUCGCUCACGUUCUGGAUCUCGAAGCAGCAGUGCAAGUCGAUCACGCAGUCGAAGUAAAAGCAAGAGUAAAUCAAGAAGCAGAUCAGGUAGUUCAAAAUCAAGAAGUCGUUCUCGAAGUGGAAGUGGCAGUCGAUCACGCAGCCGUUCAGGAAGUCGUCGUUCACGAUCAAAGAAUCGUCGAUCUAAAUCUGGAUCACGCUCAAAAUCAGGUAGCCGUAGAUCAAGAUCUGGAUCUCGUUCAAGAUCGGGAAGCCGUAGAUCUAAAUCUGGAUCACGUUCGAAAUCAGGAAGCCGUAGAUCAAGAUCAGGAAGCCGUAGAUCAAGAUCAGGAAGUCAUAGAUCGAAAUCUGGCUCACGAUCACGCAGUGGAUCACGUAGAAGCAGAAGUCGCUCAGCACGCUCUAGAAGCGGAUCUAAACGAAGUGGUUCAAAUGCAUCAAGACAUAGUAGUCGAAGCCGUUCAGGAAGUAAAUCAAAAUCCAGAAGUCCAUCAAAAACGCCAGCUUCUGACUAAAUUCUUGGAAAGUCAACCUCGUUCCAUUAACAUAUUAAAUUUAAUUAUAUUUUCAUAAACAAUUUGUAAGCUAGGCAGAAAUAGUAUCGGAUAUGAAUAAAGAAUAUUUUUUCUUCUCAAGUA